CCGUUAGUUCCUCAGCAUGGAGGGCGGGAAAACCCGAGCUCCCGCUCCGCCUCAGAGCGGAGGGCGGGGAGACUUUCUCUAGGUUUGGUUUGGGCGAGGCGGCAGCGGGUCUUUGUGGGGAUUUUAGGGCAGGUUGGGCGUAAAUCUCUUCGGAUAAUGUGGAUAGCUGGGCCGUUCUCAGUUAAGGGAGGAGAGCGGACUAGUUACCAGCUUGGAAGAUAACUGAAAGCAUGUCUCUCGUUUGGGGGAGGCUGUGAGAAGGAUCUCUUUCAGUUUGGAACGAGAAGUGGAAAUAGAUUUUAUAUUUGAAGGAAGAGGUGGAUUCAGCCCCCUUUAGGUGUGGGGGGAAAAAGAGAGGAUGGGUGCGCUUUCUCGAAAAAGGAUGGAAUGAGUCAGUGUGAGGAGGCAGGUAGCACAUGUUCCUUCAGCUUGAGUGAUGAAUGAAAAGUAGAGACAGUCUUCGGUUUGGGGCGAGAUGAGUCAAACGCCCCAAGUUCCUAGUUUAAAGGGGAUUUCAUAAGAUCUCAGAAGCACGGAAUAGGCGAAUAGUUCCCUGUAGUUUGAAGGGAAGGCGGCGCCUCUCGGCUCCGGAGACGAGAGGAAUAGCCUCCUUUUCACCCUGGAGUGAGCGGGGAUCGGUCCCGGCCUUGAGGUUUCUGGGUACGUGGAGGGCAGCGGUGUCCAUCAAGGCUUUCUGGGUGUGCCCAGUGCGCGUGCGCAGCUCUGGUCUGGGAAUGGGCCGGUAGGGGGUCCCAGGUUUUGGAGACUGAGUUAGAAGGCAGCAGCGCACCGCCCUCUGCGGUUUGCUCAGCGUGCUACCGGGACCCGCAGCCUGGGCACCUGGAGCCGGCGGCCCGCAGCUGGGCAGCAUUCCGCGGUAGCUCGUCUCUGCUCCCCGAGACCCCUGUCCUUCCCGCUGCCCCGGGACGCGGUGGCUGGUCACCUCGCUGACUCCGGGUGAGAGGCGGUUUAGGGGAGCAUACUGGAGAGAGUGGGUUCAGGAUUCGGGGGGAAAGAGGGCUACACUGGGGAAUUUCCGGAGAUGAGCCCAACCUAGAAGAGAUGGAGGAGGGGAUCCCAACUGCUAGAGUCCUGGGCAGGGUCUCGGGGUCCGGACCUGGCGUGGGGGUAUCGGAGCCCGGAUUGGGGGGAGUGAGCCCCACGUGCCUGUGACGCGGGGGCGCCGGGUAGGCGGCGGCUGCGGCGGCGGCGGCAGCGACGCCGGGCCGGCGGCCGUGCAGUGCCGGGGGAACGGCGAGGCAAGCUGCAGGAUGCUACGCGCCGCACUGCUUCUUCUGCUCCGGCUGCCCCUGGCGGGGGCGGGGGCCACGGAAGAACCCACCCUGGAGUCGGGGCCGUUGGGGGAGCCUCCUCCAGGCUUGGCGCUCUUCCGCUGGCAGUGGCACGAGGUGGAGGCGCCCUACCUGGUGGCCCUGUGGAUCCUGGUGGCCAGCCUGGCUAAAAUCGUGUUUCACCUGUCUCGGAAGGUAACAUCUCUGGUCCCUGAGAGCUGCCUGCUGAUUUUGCUGGGCCUGGUGCUGGGGGGCAUUGUCUUAGCCGUGGCCAAGAAGGCCGAGUACCAGCUGGAACCAGGGACCUUCUUCCUUUUCCUGCUCCCUCCUAUCGUGUUAGACUCAGGCUAUUUUAUGCCGAGCCGGCUGUUUUUUGACAACUUGGGUGCCAUCCUCACCUAUGCUGUGGUGGGCACACUCUGGAAUGCCUUCACAACAGGUGUUGCCCUUUGGGGCCUGCAGCAGGCUGGACUUGUAGCUGGGCAUUCUCUUCUAUUGCAUCUUUCAAAUUACUCUGCCCCUAGGGUACAGGCUGGCCUGCUGGACUUCUUGCUCUUUGGAAGCCUCAUCUCAGCGGUGGACCCCGUGGCUGUGUUGGCUGUCUUUGAGGAGGUGCACGUCAACGAGACUCUCUUUAUCAUCGUUUUUGGCGAGUCCCUGCUCAAUGACGCAGUUACUGUGGUGCUGUACAAGGUCUGCAACUCCUUUGUGGAGAUGGGUUCUGCCAACGUGCAGGUCACUGACUACCUAAAGGGAGUUGCCUCCCUGUUUGUGGUCAGUCUGGGCGGGGCAGCCGUGGGUUUAGUCUUUGCCUUCCUCCUGGCCCUGACCACACGCUUCACCAAGCGGGUCCGCAUCAUCGAGCCGUUGCUGGUCUUCCUCCUCGCCUACGCAGCCUACCUCACUGCUGAAAUGGCCUCGUUGUCUGCCAUUCUUGCGGUGACCAUGUGUGGCCUGGGAUGUAAGAAAUACGUGGAGGCCAACAUCUCCCAUAAGUCACGCACAGCUGUCAAAUAUACAAUGAAAACCCUUGCCAGCUGCGCUGAAACGGUCAUCUUCAUGCUACUUGGCAUCUCAGCCGUGGACUCUUCCAAAUGGGCCUGGGACUCUGGGCUGGUGCUGGGCACCCUCUUCUUCAUCCUGUUCUUCCGAGCUCUCGGCGUAGUCCUGCAGACGUGGGUGCUGAAUCAGUUCCGGCUGGUCCCUCUGGACAAGAUUGACCAGGUGGUGAUGUCCUAUGGGGGCCUUCGGGGGGCUGUGGCCUUUGCUCUCGUCAUCCUACUGGACAGGACCAAGGUCCCUGCCAAGGACUACUUUGUGGCCACCACUAUUGUGGUGGUCUUCUUCACAGUCAUCGUGCAGGGUUUGACCAUCAAGCCACUGGUCAAGUGGCUGAGGGUGAAGAGGAGUGAUCAUCAUAAACCCACCUUGAACCAGGAGCUACAUGAGCACACUUUUGACCACAUUCUGGCUGCAGUGGAGGACGUUGUGGGGCACCAUGGCUACCACUACUGGAGGGACAGGUGGGAACAGUUUGACAAGAAGUACCUGAGUCAGCUGUUGAUGCGGCGGUCAGCCUAUCGCAUCCGAGACCAGAUCUGGGAUGUGUACUAUAGACUCAACAUCCGAGAUGCCAUCAGCUUUGUGGACCAGGUGGGCCAGCAGUUACCAGGUAGGCCAGUGGGAGGCCACGUCUUGUCCUCCACAGGACUCACUCUACCCUCUAUGCCUAGCAGAAAUUCUAUGGCAGAGACCUCUGUCACCAACCUGUUGAGGGAGAGCGGCAGCGGAGCGUGUCUAGAUCUGCAGGUGAUCGACACUGUGCGCAGUGGCCGAGACCGGGAGGAUGCUGUGAUGCACCAUCUGCUCUGUGGAGGCCUCUACAAGCCACGGCGCAGGUACAAAGCUAGCUGCGGCCGCCACUUCAUCUCCGAUGACGCACAGGAGCGACAGGACAAGGAGGUCUUCCAGCAGAACAUGAAGCGACGGCUUGAGUCCUUUAAGUCCACCAAGCAUAACAUCUCCUUCACCAAGAGCAAGCCUCGACCCCGCAAGACCAGCCACAAGAAGAAGGAUGGUGUGGCUAAUGCUGAAGCUACAAAUGGGAAGCCUCCUCGAGACCUGGGCUUUCAGGACACAGCUGCUGUGAUACUAGCCGUGGAGUCUGAGGAGGAAGAAGAAAGUGACAGUUCAGAGUCUGAGAAAGAGGAUGAUGAAGGGAUCAUCUUCGUGGCUAGAGCCACCAGUGAGGUUCUCCAAGAAGGCAAGGUCUCAGGAAGCCAUGAGGUAUGCCCGAGCCCACGAAUCAUCCCGCCCUCCCCAACCUGUGCAGAGAAGGAAUUACCCUGGAAGAGCGGGCAGGAAGACCUAGCUGUGUAUGUGUCUUCAGAAACAACCAAGAUCGUGCCUGUGGACAUGCAGACAGGCUGGAACCAGAGCAUCUCAUCCCUGGAGAGCCUGGCAUCCCCUCCCUGUACCCAACCCCCUACUUUAACCCGCUUGCCUCCCCACCCACUGGGCAUGGAAGAACCGCAGGUUCCUCUUGACCUGUCUUCUGACCCCCGCUCUAGCUUCGCCUUUCCCCCUAGCCUGGCCAAAGCUGGCCGGUCUCGAAGUGAGAGCAGUGCUGACAUCCCCCAGCAGCAGGAGCUACAACCCCUCAUGGGCCACAAGGACCAUACUCACCUUAGUCCAGGCACUGCCAACUCCCACUGGUGCAUCCAGUUCAACAGAGGAGGCCGGCUGUAGCCCAGGGCCUCAGGGAGGAGCAGGAUGUGGAGCCCCCGUGGGGAGUGUGCCUCAGGCCAUGGGCAGAGAAGCCUACUCAGCCUGGUAUGGGGCUAGGGGGUCUGGAAGUAGCAACUGGGCUUCCUUGGAACUGGUCAGAAGGGUUUCCUGGGCUGGUCCUCACAGAGACCCUUCUUGCCAUUCUCCCUGCUCCUGUCCCGUUUCCACAUUUCCUUUCCGAAACAUGGCUCAGGAUCCAGUCCAGAGUUCUAGGGCAUAGGCCCAUCCCUAGGGUGUCUUCCUGGACUUACUGUUGGCAGCUGUUUAUCCCUGCAAAGCAUCAUUCUUCAGUAUAUACUGGUCUUCCCUGUCCUCCACCCCAUCUCCAACACCAGGUCAGGAUCAGUGUGCUGGCAUGAGGCUUUGUAAGGGGCCGGUCCUCAGAGUGCCCGGGCUAGGAUACAAGGCAGGCCUCUGUCCCUGUUUCCGCUCACUUGUUGGGUCAGCUACAGGAGGAGUGGGAGUCUACCUCCACAUCUUGCUUUAGCUCUUUCUGUUUGCUGCCAGGUACUGAGGUAAUGGUGACUCCUUUUCUAGGACUUAGGCACAGGGCCAGGCUUUAGUUCAGAGCUGCUUUGUAGCCAGUCUGCUGCUCUAAGUCUAAGUCUGGAACUUUCCGGACCUUGGAUCUGAGAUUUCUGAAUAGGAGACAGAGGCCUCCAGGUACCUGGGUCACCACCUCAGGUAUCUCAGGGUCACUACCCCAUUCCCAUAGGGGCUGGGAUGCCUGGCUGCAAUGUCGGGGGAGGGGACAGCCAACUGAGUAACAGGUGGCUUUCCCGGGGAUAGCCCCUGCUUUGUGUUUUGUACCUUAAACCCAAGAUACAUUAAACACCGCUCAGAUGGAUGAGUGUCCUCUCCCAUUUGUCUCAGGCUUUCAGGGGUGGGGACAAGAAGGAUCUGCCUGUUUCAAGAUUUUUCAGGAGAGAAUAGUAGGAGAGGAGGUCUUAGGUAGAACUGUUAGUCCCUCUGGUCCCCGUAAGCACUUUUCCAACAUUAUUCCCCUAGCAGGAGGCAUGGAGUGGCAGUCUGGGGAUCACUUUAUGGGUUGGGGAAGAAGGUGUCUUAGAACUGGGAGUCAACACAAAUGGGAAAGUCCUAGAGGUCAGCGUCUAAGCUAUUCAAGGCUGAAGGCUCUAAAUGUAGUGACACAGACAUAUUUCUAGGAAAAUGUAGGGACAGGUGUGAGCCAAAUGCUACCCUGGGAAUUUAGGAGACAUAAGGAAGCAGUACAGGCCCUGACAUCGAUAGAUAACAGCGUUCCCCAUCCAAUUCCUACUGUGUCUGAAGAGUUUUUAAAAGCAUCUUUGAGAAUAAAACGGUAUAAAAUUCACUUGUUUAAAAUGUA